CCGAGGCAUGCAACAUUAUAACAACAACAACAAGUUUAUUCAAAAUAUUUUCAAAUUCAACGUCAAAAUAGAAUUAUAACAUCUCAUAUACAUAUAUAUAGAGUACACAAAAUCGGCUUUAACAAUGGCUGGCAUGGCAAAUUCGAUUUCUAUAAGACUUUUACUACUUUUUGUGUCGUUGGCUAUGCAACAUCUAAAUGCCGCUCAAUUGGUUGAACUGGAACCAAUAACCACAGGUCCAACUGUUGCUCCACUGGGAUGCCAUCGGCGUGUUUACACGUACAAGGUUACCCAAACCGAUUUAGAGGGUCGCGUAUGCUGGGACUUUGUAAGCGUCUGGUCAUGUUGGGGUCGCUGUGAUUCGAGUGAAAUAUCUGAUUGGAAGUUCCCUUAUAAACGUUCAUUUCAUCCAGUUUGUGUGCAUGAUAAGCGCCAGCCGGCUGUAGCCAUACUGAAGAACUGUCAUCCGGAUGCCGAUGAGUCCAUUAGUCAGUAUAAAUACAUGGAGGCAGUGAAUUGUCAUUGCCAUACUUGCUCCACCCAGGAUACCAGUUGCGAGGCUCCAGCUAAUAAUGGGCUCGAUGACACCAAUCAAUCGGUUAAAGUACUGGCUCUAGCAGGAGAAACCUCCCAGGAGUUGGAUUAUUAAAAAUGAUUGGAACAAAUUUUUAUAACAGAUUGUA